AUGCAACCCAGCGUUGCCCGUCACAUCUACCUCCGCCGCGGCGUUGGUGUUGGAGCCCUCAAGAAGCUUCACGGUGGCACCUGCAACCGCGGUUCCCGCCCCUCCCACCACGUCAAGUCUUCCGGCUCCAUUGCUCGCAAGGUCCUCCAGGCCUUGGAGAAGAUCAACGUCUUGGAGGCUGACGAGAACGGUGGACGCAAGAUCACCGUUGACGGCCAGCGUGAUUUGGACCGUAUUGCUGCCUCCGUCGCCCAGGCUCGUGCUUAA